AUGGCAUUGGUGGCAGAAAAUGAGGAAAAGAUAAUUAUGGAUCCAAAAUCGGGCUUUGUGGUGAAAACAAGGUUGGAAACCGGUACGGCAGACCCACUCCGUAGGCCACUAACUAAAGUGUUCAUUAAUAUCUGCUCGAACCAACAUGUCCCACUUCCAGACCAUAACAAUGAAAGUUUUAAGCCGGAAAUAGUGUAUCCAUUGAUCAUGAACGACCGUUGGGAAAUCCCUAUAAUAACCUCGGAUGAGCGUGAGGACACGGACAAUAAGGGUUCUUUGUCGUAUGUCUACGAUUGUUUCAUCAACGACAAGUGCAUGAGCUGGGUUCAGUUACAUAAAGAGUUGAGACAGAUCGUGACUGAAUGGUGUUUAGAAAGCGUUGAAUUGAGAUUUGGAGUGAGACUAGAUCGAGAUGUCGUCAAGUACCCGAAAUUGAGCUACAAGGGGGCCCUAACAUCCUUGGAAGUAAUUAAAGAUGACAUCCAAAAAAAAUCGUUCCAAAAUCAAAAACAAGAACUCGAAAGAUUAGCUAAUGAAAAAGACCAUUUGUUAAUGUUGGAUGCGGUUGAAGAAUCAAAAAAUAAAGUGAGCGAGGUAGAUGAUCUGAUCUCGAUUUUUAGUGGGGGGCUACAGGGUGCUGGAAAGGAUAAACCAAAAAUCCAGGAAAUUGAUGCAUCAUCAUACGUUUCAAAGCCUAAAAAACCUUCGAUUAUGGAUAUCUCUGAAGCAAAUAAGGAUCCUGUAUCACUGGUUAAGAAGCUCUUGAAUUUUGAUCUCAGGUUUUGCAAUUUGAUGGACAAAUCCAAAGGUUAUCAGCUAUUAAUUACUAUCAAAUCAGAAAUUAAAUCUCCGAAUGAUUACCAGUUGAAUUAUGAUUCUAACAAGAAAUCCCUUUUAUUAAAGAACUUGAAUCCUCAGUAUAGAACAAAAACAGAGAGUUUCGAAAUACCCGUGCCAAAUUACAUCAUAAAGGAAAACCUGGAUUGCAAGUUUGCAGUAUACUUUGUCAAGGAAACUUCAACUUUGAACAUUUUUAUGUAA